AAAACGGCCAAUCAGAGCACAGAGUUUCUCACUCGUAUCCAGGAAGUGGAAGUUGCGUCGGACGCACGCCCGUCUUCAGUUUCUGUCAGUGUAAAUUCUUCAAGAUCAAUCUGGGAUAACCUCGCACAGAAGUGAUGGACUGGUCAGAAGGAGACGGAGGCCACUCCCACGGUCACAUGGGUGACAGUUGUCAUGGACACGGAGGUGGCCACUCCCACAGCCACGGUCACGGAGGACCUGGAUCUGGCGGUUUCAUGCCCGGUGGCUUCCACGGCCAGCUGGUCCCGGGACCUCUUGAUCCAACGCAGCAGCCGAGGAAGGCCUUGCACCCGGAGGACAGCAGUUCCUGGGAUAUCAUCAAAGCCACACAGUUUGGUGCUCUUGAGAGGUGUAAAGAGCUUAUCGAGGCUGGUUAUGACGUCAGGCAGCCGGACAAAGAGAACGUUACACUGCUCCAUUGGGCCGCCAUCAAUAAUCGAGCAGAUAUGGUCAAAUACUACAUUUCUAAAGGUGCUGUCAUUGACCAACUAGGCGGCGACCUGAAUUCAACACCACUCCACUGGGCCAUACGACAGGGUCAUUUGUCUAUGGUCAUUCAGCUGAUGCGAUAUGGAGCCGACCCGUCAUUAGCGGAUAGUGAAGGGUAUCGGGGUCUUCAUCUGGCUGUGCUCUUCCAGCAUAUGCCCAUCGCUGCAUACCUUAUGGCCAAAGGACAGGAAGUGGAUUCCCCGGACGUAAAUGGGCAGACUCCGCUGAUGUUGGCAGCACAAAAAAUCAUCGGACCUGAGCCUACAAACUUCCUGAUAAAGUGUAACGCUUCAGUGAAUGCGGUUGAUAAAUUGAACAGAAACUCACCUCUGCACUGCGCUGUGCUGGCCGGGAACGUCGAUUCGGUCCACAUCCUGCUGGAGGCUGGAGCCAGCAUUGACCUGGAGAAUGCCAAUGGUCACACUGCCAUUGACCUGGCGCACCAGGUGCACAGCCCUCUGCUCGUUCACACACUCAGUGUGGUGAAGACAGAACGAAUGAAAGCCAACUCCUCGUGUCUCAAACUGUUCAACAGAUACAAGGUCUUUCUGCUGUGUGUCUUCAGUGUUGUUGUGGUGGGAGCCAUCGGUUCUAUAUUAGACAUGAAGACAGAGUCCUGGUUAUUGAAGGGUGUGCUGCUGGUCUGCGCCACAGCUGUGAUCAACCUCACUUCAAGGCAGCUGGCGACUGUGGCGGUGCGGUCUUUGAUUCCCUCCACAGGUCUCAUGGCUUCUGUCUUCUGGAUGGUGGUCACCUGGGUCCUGUGGUUUCUGCCUGAUAUCCCGAGCGCUACGGUUCAGAUGCUCUUCACAGUCAACAUCACAGCCUUACUGUAUUACUACCUCCGCUCCUGCAGGACAGACCCUGGCAUCAUCAAAGCAACUGAGGAGGAGAAGAAGAAGAAUAUCGUGGUCCUGGCAGAGGCGGGCUGUCUGGAUCCCAGGAUAUUUUGCACCUCUUGUAUGAUGAGAAAGCCAAUGAGAGCUAAUCACUGCUUUUCCUGUAAUGCCUGUGUCGCUAAACAGGACCACCACUCCAUUUGGAUCAACGGCUGCAUUGGGGCGAGAAAUCACCCAUACUUUGUGCUUUUCCUGGUUGCUCUGAGCUUUUUGUGCAUGUGGAUGUUCUAUGGCAGUAUCACGUACUGGUCCAAACACUGUCCGCUGCACUACACAGAGGAGGGCGUCUGGGGGGCGAUGACCGCUCUGAUGGGCUGCUCGCCCUGGGUGCUCUACAUCUUCUGCUUUGCUUUCUUAAACGCUUCCUGGGCCUUCAUCCUGCUUUUGGUGCAGCUCUACCAGAUCACGUUCCUCGGGCUGACGACGGCCGAGAGAGCGAACCUGAUGCACAGACAGAGAAAACUCCCUCAAGCCUCCUCUCUCAGACAAAACCCGUUCAAUCUUGGAGUGGUGAGGAACCUGGUGAACUUCUUCCAGUGGCGCUGCUGUGGUCUCUGUAAGCCAGUGGUGCUGGACUGGACUCAACAGUAUCCCAUGGGUCUCAGAGACCAUCCCAUGUUCAGCGGUGCUGAUGCUGUUUGACCCCCAGCGAUCAGUCACCCUCUCAGGGAGAGCAACGUCCCCAGUUAUGAAGCCAUUGGUUUGAUUUGAAUGCCUUUUUAGUGAAGGAAAUGAGGAACUGACUGAAUGCUCGUUUAGAUAAUCUUUUGUUCUGUUUGCAAGAACAUCCACCUUUUCUAUUUGAGCGAAUAUAUAUAUAUAUAUAUAUAUAAGUGCUGUGCGUUCAAGGUUCGAUUUUGCCUUGCAGCUUAAGUUGUACAUAAGGAUGAAUACAUGUUUAUAAGCAUACUGCUAUAUUUUGAACAGAAAUAUUUUGUAAGGUACGGUAAGAUGACGUUUUGGUUUUUAAGUCCUUUUACAGGAAGUGACCACUAUAUGUAUACUCUUCGUGAAAAGAUUUGUAAAUCAGAGCAAUUUUAUUUCUAGAAAAAUAGCAAAUUUAGUAGCUGAUCUUGAACACAGAAUCAGAUUUCUUGCCAUUUUGAGAACCGUAAAUCCCUUGAUGUGUCAAAAUGCAUUUGAAAUGACUUUAUGCGACUUUCAGAUGUAGUACAGCCACAGCAUUAUACAUGCAGAACGAUUCAUGAUUAAUAGAUUUCAUGAGCUAUUAGUAUUGUUACCUUUCAUCAUUAAUGUUUUCAAAGGCAGUUGUUCUUUUAUGUAUGCCUUAAAUAAAAACUGUAGUACAGGGCCUUUGUCUGAUAGCAUCAGCUUGCUCCUUAUCUCAAUUCUCAAUUCUAUUCUUUCUAGUUUAUUGCGCAGUAUGUCAUUGUAAAGGAAAAGUGCUGUUUUUGAUCCUGUUUUUUGCUUUGGAAUAAAUCAGAAGAAUUUU